GCCUUUCCCUUCCCCCGCGCCCAGGAUGGCCGCCGCGCCGCUUCUGGGCUGGUGCAUGCAGCGGCUGCAGGGCGACUUCGGGCUGGAUGUCAGCGAGGAGCUUGUGCAGUACAUCUUAUCAAUUAAAAAUGAAGAGGAGAUCCGAGAAUAUGUAAUUGACCUCAUCCAGGGGACUGAUGGGAAGAAGAGUCGGUUUAUAGAAGAACUGGUAGCCAGGUGGCAAAAGUCCUCUCAGCUGUCUUCUGACCCUCUGCCAGUAUACAGGAAAAAAGAUGAGACUUCAGAGGUGCAACGGGCCGGAGACCAAGCCAAACGGGGUAGACGCAAAGGAAGGAACAAGCAGGAAACACCUGUGUAUGCUGAGCCUGAUGUGCCUGUUGAGGAAGUAAAAACACCUCUUGAUCUGGCCAAGGCACAAGAGAUCAUCAGUAGUGGUAACAACAGCAGCAGUUCUUCCAAGAAAAAGACCAAAUAUGUCAACCUGUACACCAAAGAGGGUCAGGAUAAGCUUACUGUCCUCAUUCCUGGGCGCCAUUCCUGCGAGUGCCUUGGCCAGAAGCACAAACUCAUCAAUAACUGCCUGACUUGCGGGCGUAUUGUCUGUGAACAGGAGGGCUCUGGUCCCUGCUUAUUCUGUGGUGCACUGGUGUGCACAAAAGAAGAGCAGGACAUUCUGCAGCGUGACUCAAACAAGAGCCAGAAGCUGCUGAAGAAGCUCUUGACAGGUUCUGAGAGUUCUGGGAAGAUGGAGGCAAUCAGCAGGGACCUACUGCCUCGCCAGGAAGCUCGGCUGAAAGCAGGCCUGCAGAUGGCUGUGAAACACAAGGACAAAUUGCUGGAGUUUGACAAGACAAGUGUGCGUCGUACCCAAGUCAUCGAUGAUGAGUCGGAUUACUUUGCCACUGACUCCAACCAGUGGCUCUCCAAACAGGAGAGGGAGGUGUUGCAGAAGAGGGAGAAGGAGCUGCGUGAGCUGCGCCAUGCUUCCCGACUCACCAAGAAAAUCACUAUCGACUUUGCUGGCAGGCAGAUCCUGGAGGAGGAGGACAACAUGGCUGAGUACCACAGCAAACUGGAUGAAACCAUUGAGGCCGUUCAUAGUGGCACUUUGAGCAAGCCAUUGAAGAGCCCUGAUGGGAAAAGUGCAGAGGUGUCUGGGGUUCUGGUGAAUCCCUACCUGCUCCAACCUGCCCCUUUGUGGGUGGAUCAGACUGGCCUGCUCCCACGUAGGAAAAUCGCCCAACCAGCAGAUGCUGAGAAUGAGCCUGGCUCUGAAAGGAGCAGGUUGCGGAUUCAGGACCGAGAGUUGCAGGAGAUCUCAGAUGAUGGCUGGUGCCUCAGCAUGCACCAGCCUUGGGCUUCCUUGCUGAUCAGAGGAAUCAAAAGGGUGGAGGGCAGGACCUGGUACACAUCUCACCGGGGGCGACUAUGGAUAGCAGCUACCGCUAAAAGGCCUUCCUCGCAGGAAAUCUCAGAGCUAGAGGCUGUCUACAGAAUGUUUCACCGGAAAGAUGUAGAAUUUCCUACUGAUUACCCCUCUGGCUGCCUUCUGGGCUGUGUGGACUUGAUUGACUGCUUGUCCCAAGAGCAAUUUAAGGAGCAGUAUCCAGAUUUGAGCGAGGAGUCUGGGUCUCCAUUUGUCUUCAUCUGUGCCCACGCCCAAGAGAUGAUCGUGAAGUUUCCCAUCAAAGGAAAACACAAAAUCUGGAAACUGGAUUCAAAGAUUCAUCAGGGAGCAAAGAAGGGGUUAAUGAAGCAGAAAGCACUCCUGUGAAUGGUGGGACAGCCAGGCUGAGAUUCCCACACAGCCCAGGAUGCUGGCCCAGCUGGCUGCCUGCUCUGUCUCCUUGGGUCCCUUAGAACUGGAGGCUGCAAAGAUGACAUGGAAAGUUCUGAAAGGCAGGUGCUUACGGGAAGGGGGGGCACCUGUGACUUAUUAAAAAUGUAUUAAUAUAGUAUGAUGUAUUUGAAAGCCAUUAAAGGAAGAAACAUUAGUGCCAAACUCCCUGCAUGGGUGGAGCCUUGUGCCACAAAACAUUGUUGUUUGGGCUGUGGAACCCUCUCCCCACUAUCCUCCUUUUAGAAGGCAAACUCAGUAGAGUGCUGGUAUCUGGCUGUAUCUGAUAGGCCAGGCUACAACACACAGCAGUCCCAGUGCUGGUCCACAGCAUCCAGAAACAGGCCAGCUCUGGCUUCAGCCAGCAGCUCCUUCUGUCUCAGCAGGUUUGAUCUGGCUUGGUCUUUGCUUUGGCAGGAUUCUUCUCUCCGGGCAACUCGGUGAUGUGACAGAUUGUGACUCUAGGUCCUCUGGCCAGAGAGGGUCAGACACAUUAUAGCACUAGGCUUGAGGGAGCUGUUGCUGCAGCUGCUCAGAGAGAUGCCUUGGCAUUGAUUCUUGCUGAAGCUGCCCCCUGCCACUGCGACGUGCCGUGGCCUAUGUUAUAACAGGAAACAUGGAUAACUUGGAAGGGACCAAGGCAGAAGAGGUCUAAAUGUUAGCAAUACUGAACUGCACCCCCAGCCCCUGAGCUUUGUCUGUGCCUCUGUUAAGCAUGUGUGCAGGGUUGUAGAGGAAAAGCGGAGUUGAAUCUUUGCCCUCUGAUUCAGAAGCUUUGUUUGCAAGGCUGCUCCUGUGAGCUGGGAGCCGCUGUGCUUGGCAUCUUCAGCAUCUGCACAGCCUUAAAUCUCCCUGUUCUGAUUUUUAUCAAACCAGCAGCCUCCCCAUGUGAGCUGGCUGCCCUCCAGCCGUUGUGUGCACGGCUUCAGAGAAAAACAACCCAACAACUUGGCGUUAGGAGCAAGAUUAAUUUCCUCAUUCCUUAAUCCUUCAUCUUUGCACUGACAUGCCUGUGCCCAUUAUGCACUGAUGCUCACUGGGUUGUGUGCUCUUUGCCUUGCAUUGCUCUAGGCAUUAGUUGGCCGUGGUCUAAGCACUGCUGAUUCCCAACAGAAACUUGCCACCUCCCAGAGAGGGCAGCACAAGCGUAGAGCCUCAAAGCCUCUUGUAGCUCCUGUCACUGGAACUUGGGGGCAAUGCCUGAUCACAAUCUGCCUCUGGAGAGGGGGCUGCUUCAUUAGAUGUGCUUGGCUUGUUGCAUGGUUGACAGUUAAAUGGGUUCAGAGGCACUCUGACCUCUCUAUUGCAUCUUUCUAUUACCCCAGUGUGCCGGCAGCCUGUAGGGCUCCAUGCCAUCUCUGCUUCGGUGUCCCAGAAUUAAGCAAUGGGAGGCAUAGGCAGCAGCAACCAGCAGGACACUACCAGGCAAGGUGCUAAUGCUGCCUUUAUCCUGGGAGCAGUCUCUGCCCAGCUUGUGUCACUCCAUUCAUUGAGGCUCUGGGGAUGGUGAAUAUGCAUCAACAUACAGAUGUGUGUGGAUUUUAGCUAGGAAAGCCUGGGUGUACCUCAGUUCUGCUGGGCUUGGGGUCAGCUGUGAGGCUACCUUGUAGACACUGCCAUUUCCUGUGACUGGGAGAUAGUGGGGCUUCUCUUGCUUGCUUUCUCAGCUGGACUCUUGUGGCUGCUUCUCAUCCUGCACAGCCUGUAAAAUCCCCACUUUCCAUCCCUCUCCAGCUGGACUUUGACUUCAGGGCCUUUCUGCCCUUCACAUCUGCACUCCUGUGUUAGCCUCUCCAGUGUUAAAUGUCUUCUUGGUGGCCUCUGGUUCUGGCGUGGCUUCACUCUGGGUGUUCUGCACACAUCAGCACCUUGCUCCCAAACUGGGACUCUCACAUUAAGCUGUGUGUCUCCAUCAACCGCAGGGGUCAAGUCAGGAGGGAGAUCAUGGGACUUGGAAGGAUUGGGAGGAAGGUUGUCCUACAGGGCUCUUGUGCUCUAUAGUGAUUGUCAGUGCACGGAGGGAAGGAGAAACUCAGCACGGCUGGCAGAGAGGCAGAAGAAUUUGACAGUGGAGGAAUAACAGGCAAGACAUCUGGAUCCCUAUUGCAGGGGUCCCUGCAGCCCCCUCUGCUGGUUGCAUGGGCACAAGGGAGCUAAAAAGCUGGAGGAUGUACCUGAGCGGGGAGAAGAGGAGGGACAUUCCCAUGGUGUAGGGCCAGCAGAACAGCUCCCAGUCCAGCCCUGACUGGGAACAUGCUGCCAUUUGGGUGUGGGAGCAGCGUUCUGGGCAGGAUGGUUUCCAGGAGAGUCAUCUCCUGCAGCACCAGUUGGAGUAGCCCUUCUACUGCUCUCACUUACUGGAAUGGCUAUCUGUAAAGGGAUGGCACAGCCCUGGGAUGCCAGGACAGCAUCGGUUUUUUUUCUGUGUGAUGCUCCAGAGUACUUUAACCACUGAAGGUUUUUAUUGCUUUAGCUCAGUGAGCAGUAGGCAGUUUGGGCCUGUAGGUUCUGCACAUGAAGCUAAAAUGCUCCACAGUGAGAUGGCUAAUGGUGCUAGCUAAGCAUCCUCAUUUUGCCACCAGAAUCCUCAGUUACCACCGGAAUCCAGGUGGAUUCGGAGCUCAGUUCAUCUUGGGUUCCUGAUGGACUCUGCAGCUUGUGCUUGGGUUGAGUCCACUGCUCCAUCCCCACUUCCCUGGCAAGCUUCUUCAUUUACCUCCUCUGAGGAGCAUCAUUUCUCACUUCUCUCCUUUAACCUGUCACCUUCAGCAGCUGUUUUUGGUCUGGGAUUUUCCUUGAGAGCCAGUUGGGUACCUGUCUCCCUUAGAGCCCCUGGGAAAUCCCAGUUGUCCCAUUGGAGAGCCACAGCACUGUGCAACCCAUGCCUCCUCUUUGUUCAUCCUCCACUCAUCUGGGUGGGCUUUGAGGGGAGAGGAAGAGUCUCCAGCACAAUCCACCUCUGUUUGCAGUCCCCUGGGCAUCAUCUAAGACUUGAACCCUUCUCCUCCCUUGCAGCUCUCCAGACCUACCUCAGCAGUAGCACCAUUGUGUGCCUCAUAAAGUCCCUGCCUCUGUGCUUGGUAGCCUUAUGCUCUCACCAGCCCCUACAAGCUAUGGGGACUAAGCCAGCUCAGCACCUGGGUGGAGAGGCCCCGCAGGCUAGGCAGGCUGAAGGGAGUGUCACUGUUGCUUCAGUUGCUGUGUGUGGGAGGUGCUGUCUGUCACAGACAUAAAAUCAUGGACCCUUUUGGCCCCCCCUGCGCCCCCUGGGUAGUUUCCUGGUUCUGGUUGCCUCCUGGAGCCUGCUGUGCAGUGUUCCCCUCAGCAGCGGCCCUUGUGGAGAAGGAUGAUGUGCACUGGUGUGAGUGACUUUUGGCCCUGUGUUCAUACAGCACCUCGGGAUGACAGGCCCUGGGGGAAUGGAGCCAAGAUUCCUGCCCCAUCCCUUUCCCUAAUCCCCCUCUGUGGCUUCGUUCUCAGACUCCAGGGUGCAGUGGCCAAUUGCCCCUGUUCCUCAAACAUACAGAUGCAGUGCCAGCAACCUGCCCUCAUGUGGCUCCUGCUGGCUCCUAGUUCAUCCAAGAACCCAGUUUGAAAUUGCCUUUGGGCCUGUGUCUGCUGUGACAUGCCCAGCAGUCGCACCCUGAUCCCAAGGAAGAGGCACGGAGCUUGCCGAGGGCUGCUUCUCCAUUCUGAUUACUUGCACUGACCUCAGCACGAUGGACUAGAUGGGUGACCAGGACCUUCCCCUCUUCUUGAUGCCUGUGACCAACUCCUUGCCUCUUUCUUGGACCUGUUUCACAGUGUCAGGAUCCUCUGUCCCUUCCCCAGACUCAGCCAUGGUCCCUUUGAGAGUCUUCUGUCCUGCAGCUGCUUCUCAGCAACAUGCUCAUUACAGGUCUCCAUCUUCCCAAUUCCAUCUUGUUCCAGAUUUCCCAGGGAAGACUUGCUGUCUCCUUCUCAAAACUUCCCACUGCAGUGACUGACCUUGGGAGGGAAGGAGCUAAUUUAUAUGUAAUUCAGUAUCUUUCCUGUGUUUUAUACCACAGAUAAUCUUGUUGGAGCUUGAUUAACUUUUUCUCUGAAGCAGCUUUGUAUGAAGGAUCCUGUAGUAAAUAAAGUGCCUUCCUUCCUUCA